AUGAACAAAGGAAUAGUAAACAAGAUUAUGUAUUUCUCUUUGAAUAGAUCUAAUGUUUUUAUAAAGCAAACUUAUUCCAUAUAUAGGAAUAUUACACAUCACAAAACAAAAAUUUGUACAGAUUUGUCCAAUUUGACAAAUUAUAGUAAUAAAAGGUACUUCAAUGAUAAUAGUGAUAAUGAUCUAACUAUAGACUGGGAGCAUUCAGAGGACAUAACAGAUUUGCUUUUUGAAGAAUACAAAAAUGUAGAUCCAUUAACAUUAAGAUUUGAAGAAUUAGAAAAUAUGAUAAUAGAUACUGUAGUAAAUAAAAAUCAAAAAAAGCUAAGUGGAAGAUGUAAUGAAGGCAUUUUAGAAAAUAUACAGAUGGAUUGGUUAGAGAGAUACAAUAACGAAAAUGCAUAG